AUGGCUUGUUUUCCUCUCAUAUCCACGCUCUUUUUGCUCUUAUUGAGCUCUCUCUCCCUUCUAGUCAAUGCUUUGGACUCGGCAAGUGACACUGUCGAGUCCCUUUUUGACUCUACAAAGGGUUACAAAAUUAGCGGUAGUAUCCUCGCGAUUGCUGCGAUUGUGGUCGGUGCACUAAUGGUACUAAUGGGUUAUCGUUUUCUUCGUACCACUCUCUUUGCUAUCGGCUUUGUGGUUGGUGGUGUUGGAGUUGCCAUAGCUGUUGAACACAUCUUUGACAGUAAAUCAUGGGUCAUUGCUGCGUCUUGGAUUGCCUUCGUAGUGAGCGGCUUUAUCGUCGGCAGUAUUGUCGUAUCGCUCUACUCGCUGGGCAUUUUCGUUGCUGGUGCUGGUGCUGGCAUUGUACUUGCUAUGAUGAUUCAUAAUUCUGCCGGCUAUGCAAUCUACCCAAGCCAUCCGCAGGUAGUGUUUAUUGUGCUGUGUAUUGCUCUGGGCCUUAUCGGUGGCAUACUGGCUAUUAAGCUCGAAAGGCCCGUGUUGAUUACUGCCACUAGUUUAUUUGGUGCUGCUAUCCUGGUGUGGGGUGUUGGUUAUUUUGCCGGUGACUUCCCGUCGUCCAGUGACCUCAAGAGAUAUGGAUCACUUGACAUUAACAAAAACUGGGUCUACUCUAUCCCGGAUGCCUGGUGGGGCUACCUUGUCGGUAUUGUGGUGCUCUUCGUACUGGGACUGUUCAUCCAGUUCCGGAGGACUGGUGACGGUGGCAUGUACCACAAGUCUCACGCGAUGGGACGUCACACUGAGGACGUGCAGUACGUAGAAGCGGGAACUCCACAGGAACGGUUUGACGGCAACCCUGUUAGCCACGUUUAA